AUGGAUAUGCCAGUGAAUGUCCCCGUGGACCACCCCGAAGCGGAUACAGAGUGGAAUGACAUCCUUCGAAAACACGGAGUCAUACCGGAAAAGCCCCCAUCACCGACACCAAUUAUCGAAGAAGCUAUUCUUGAAGCUCAGCGACGAGCCCACGAAAACCGACUCGAGGACAAGGAUUUAGACGAGCUCGAUGCGCUCGAAGAUGAAGAAGAUGAAGACUUCUUGGAGCAAUAUAGAAAAAAACGCAUGGCCGAAAUAUCCACCCUCCAGAAAGCAAGCGUCUACAACCAAGUCUACCCUCUACAAAAAACAGACUACGCCAAAGAAGUCACAGAUGCUUCCGCAGAAGCCUUCGUUCUCGUGAAUUUGACCUCAUCGACAGGUGGAAACACAGAAUCCCGCGUACUGAGCGAAAUAUGGAGACAGCUGGCGCCCAAAUAUGGAGAAAUCAAGUUUUGCGAAAUCAGAGGCGACAUGUGUAUAGAAGGGUAUCCAGAUCGUAAUACGCCUACGAUAUUAGUUUAUAAAGAUGGAGAGAUCCGGCGACAAUAUGUGACAUUGAGAGAGCUUCAGGGUGUGAGGACGAAGGCCGAAGACGUUGAAAAGGUUCUCGUGGACUUGGGGGCGCUUAAGGAGGGCGAUAUGCGACUUAGAAAACAAGAUGACUCCGACGACGAGAGGAACCGGGCUCCUGAAAAGGAAGAUGAAGAUGACGAUGACUGGGAUUGA